AUGCCACGUGACAAUAUCCCCCCGUCGGCAAUGAAAAAGCUUCAACAAUUCUUUACAAAGACACUCGAUACAAAUAAUGAUGGUCUUGUCAAUUGGACAGAUUUCGAAGCUGCCAUUGAGUCAAUUGUAUCAAAGGAUGAAGCCGCAAAAAAUGCGCGUUUGAAAGUUUUACGUAAACGUCUAGAGCAACAUUUUCAAAAGUAUUUUUGGGAUUUAUGCGCUGUUGGUGAUGCCAACAAAGAUGGAAACAUUGAUUUAGAUGAAUGGCUUGAUGUUAUGAACGAUAUCAUCGGUGGUUUGAAAGAUAAGAAUGAAUUUCCCGACUGGUAUGAAGGUUUACACAGAGCUCUGUGGCGUGCAAACGAAUUUCUCGACGAACGAAAUGUUUUGAAAGAUGAAUUUGCUAACAUGCUCAUUUCAUGGGAUAUCGACGAAAAAAGCGCUGAAAAAGCUUUCGAUUUCAUCACUGACCAUGGUCAAAAGCGUAUGGAUUAUCAUCUCUUCUCAGAAUUCAUGAAAAAGUUCUUUCUCAAUGAAACACCCAAGCAUCCAUUAAAUCUCGGCCUUGAUUGA